AUAAAUUAUAGUAAGCAAAACAGAGUUCUUUAGAACAGAAAAAUGAAUUGGAGAGUUUGGUACGUUUUUUUCUUGCUCAACGGUGUGAAUUGCAUUGAUUGUCCUCAGCUAUAUGUGCCUAUCGAUUCGGAGAAUGUGUGCAUUUAUAUGUCAUCCAGGGCCGUUGCUUUGAGUGAGAUGGAGGCCUACUGCGAAAGUGAAGCGAAUGGUGGAAAACCAUUCAACCGUCGGUUUUCGGACGAAGGCAUCAGAGAACUGGGCAAAAAUCUGAAGAUGUCAGUUGAAAGCCUCUUCCCACCGGAAGUAUACAUAGGAAUCACAAGGGAAAAGGAUAGUAUGAAUCAGCCGACGAAAAACUUCGUGUUCGCGAACGGUCAAGGGAAAGUUCAUGAAGAUGACUAUCCGCUGUGGACCAGAGAGCCAUCCGUGCAAGACUGUGGUUCUGUCACCUAUCGGAAGGAUUUCAAAGUAAAUCCUUUCACGUGCACCGACUCGGCAGUCUUCCUGUGUGAAAAAAAUGAGUUUCCGUGUGAAUACAACACCCUGCCUUUCGUGGAAUACCAUCAAAAGUGCCUGAGCAUCUUUCCCCGCAAAGAUAAUUACAUGACAGCUGAAAGUAUCUGUGGGCAAAUGGGGGCCCAUCUGUUUCCCUACAAGAGUUACGAUGAUUCGGACAGCGUGGGAGCAGCCAUCUACAGCUCUAUCACCUUCGAUGGAGGAAUCUAUGCGGGACUCAGAAAAAAUGAGCUAGGCCAGUGGAAGUAUGAAAGUGGGGAGGAAGAAACGAAACGUUGGGAUCCCGAGGAUGAAUUACAUCAGGAUUGUGGUGUAUACGGUUUCUUGAAAAACCUAUCGAUUGGAAUGUUUACGAUGAGCUGUGAUGACAAGCUUCGUCUUCUCUGUGAAUUUAAGAAGGAAGGACUGCAAGAAAGGAAUAUUCAUAUUAAAAGUAAUUGGAUAUUAAGAAAAUGAUGUAUUAAAAUGUCAAAUCUGUAUUUACUGCAAC